GGCCACGGCCAUGACACCGACAGUAACUGUGGAGAAAAAACCCGCUGGGAGGGAUGUUGUGUUCUUGUUGGAUGGAUCUGAUGAUACUAGAACAGGAUUCCCAGCUAUGCAAGACUUUGUGCAAAGAGUAGUAGAGACACUCAGUGUGGAUGACAACAAAGACCGAGUCUCAGUGGUUCAGUACAGCAGAGAUCCAGCUGUCCACUUCUAUCUGAACACAUACACAACAAAAGGCGAUAUCCUUGACACCGUCAGAGGCUUGAGGCACAAAGGCGGGCGACCCCUCAACACUGGAGCAGCUCUCCAGUACUUGAGAGAUAAUGUCUUUGCGGCCUCUGCUGGAAGCAGGCGCCUGGAUGGAGUUCCACAGGUGCUAAUUCUGCUAAGCGGGGGAAGGUCUUAUGACAGUGUCGAUGCCCCAGCCUCUGCUCUCAAACAGCAGGGCAUCUUUGUGAUUGGCAUUGGAAGAAGGGGCUCUGAUUUUGGGGAGCUGCAGAAGAUAUCACAUGACCCUGGUGUUGCUCUAAAAGUGUCUGAAUUCACUGACCUUCCCACUGUCCAGCAGCAGCUUCAGUCCUCCUUGGAGACUGCAGUUAUCGACGUCAGCCCAGAAUCACCCACAGUACUUGUUGACACUGCCAAAAAGGAUAUCGUAUUCCUUCUGGAUGGUUCUGAUGGCACAAGGAAUGCCUUCCCUGCCAUGCUCGAUUUUGUUGAGAAAGUGGUGGAGAAACUGAAAGUGGGCGCAAACAAAGACCGCGUGUCUGUGGUCCAGUACAGCAGAGAUGCAGAGGCCCAUUUCCAUCUGAACACAUACACCACAAAAGAGGAUAUUGUGGAUUCAGUCAGGGGGCUGAGACACAGAGGAGGUAGACCCCUUAACACUGGGGCAGCCCUCCAGUACGCCAGGGACAAUGUCUUUACAAACUCCUCCGGGAGUAGACGGCUGCAAGGUGUCCCACAGAUGUUGAUCCUACUCAAUGGCGGAAGGUCUUUUGACAGUGUUGAUGCCCCAGCCUCUGCUCUCAAAAAGCAGGGCAUCUUUGUGAUUGGCAUUGGAGCAAGGGGCUCUGAUGUCGGGGAGCUGCAGAGGAUAUCAUAUGACCCUAGUGUUGCUCUAAAAGUGUCUGAGUUCACCGACCUCCCCAGUGUCCAAGAACAGCUCUCCUCUGUAAUGAGCACAGUGCUAGUAAGGGCCACGGCCAUGACACCGACAGUAACUGUGGAGAAAAAACCCGCUGGGAGGGAUGUUGUGUUCUUGUUGGAUGGAUCUGAUGAUACUAGAACAGGAUUCCCAGCUAUGCAAGACUUUGUGCAAAGAGUAGUAGAGACACUCAGUGUGGAUGACAACAAAGACCGAGUCUCAGUGGUUCAGUACAGCAGAGAUCCAGCUGUCCACUUCUAUCUGAACACAUACACAACAAAAGGCGAGAUCCUUGACACCGUCAGAGGCUUGAGGCACAAAGGCGGGCGACCCCUCAACACUGGAGCAGCUCUCCAGUACUUGAGAGAUAAUGUCUUUGCGACCUCUGCUGGAAGCAGGCGCCUGGAUGGAGUUCCACAGGUGCUAAUUCUGCUAAGCGGGGGAAGGUCUUAUGACAGUGUCGAUGCCCCAGCCUCUGCUCUCAAACAGCAGGGCAUCUUUGUGAUUGGCAUUGGAAGAAGGGGCUCUGAUUUUGGGGAGCUGCAGAAGAUAUCACAUGACCCUGGUGUUGCUCUAAAAGUGUCUGAAUUCACUGACCUUCCCACUGUCCAGCAGCAGCUUCAGUCCUCCUUGGAGACUGCAGUUAUCGACGUCAGCCCAGAAUCACCCACAGUACUUGUUGACACUGCCAAAAAGGAUAUCGUAUUCCUUCUGGAUGGUUCUGAUGGCACAAGGAAUGCCUUCCCUGCCAUGCUCGAUUUUGUUGAGAAAGUGGUGGAGAAACUGAAAGUGGGCGCAAACAAAGACCGCGUGUCUGUGGUCCAGUACAGCAGAGAUGCAGAGGCCCAUUUCCAUCUGAACACAUACACCACAAAAGAGGAUAUUGUGGAUUCAGUCAGGGGGCUGAGACACAGAGGAGGUAGACCCCUUAACACUGGGGCAGCCCUCCAGUACGCCAGGGACAAUGUCUUUACAAACUCCUCCGGGAGUAGACGGCUGCAAGGUGUCCCACAGAUGUUGAUCCUACUCAAUGGCGGAAGGUCUUUUGACAGUGUUGAUGCCCCAGCCUCUGCUCUCAAAAAGCAGGGCAUCUUUGUGAUUGGCAUUGGAGCAAGGGGCUCUGAUGUCGGGGAGCUGCAGAGGAUAUCAUAUGACCCUAGUGUUGCUCUAAAAGUGUCUGAGUUCACCGACCUCCCCAGUGUCCAAGAACAGCUCUCCUCUGUAAUGAGCACAGUGCUAGUAAGGGCCACGGCCAUGACACCGACAGUAACUGUGGAGAAAAAACCCGCUGGGAGGGAUGUUGUGUUCUUGUUGGAUGGAUCUGAUGAUACUAGAACAGGAUUCCCAGCUAUGCAAGACUUUGUGCAAAGAGUAGUAGAGACACUCAGUGUGGAUGACAACAAAGACCGAGUCUCAGUGGUUCAGUACAGCAGAGAUCCAGCUGUCCACUUCUAUCUGAACACAUACACAACAAAAGGCGAGAUCCUUGACACCGUCAGAGGCUUGAGGCACAAAGGCGGGCGACCCCUCAACACUGGAGCAGCUCUCCAGUACUUGAGAGAUAAUGUCUUUGCGACCUCUGCUGGAAGCAGGCGCCUGGAUGGAGUUCCACAGGUGCUAAUUCUGCUAAGCGGGGGAAGGUCUUAUGACAGUGUCGAUGCCCCAGCCUCUGCUCUCAAACAGCAGGGCAUCUUUGUGAUUGGCAUUGGAAGAAGGGGCUCUGAUUUUGGGGAGCUGCAGAAGAUAUCACAUGACCCUGGUGUUGCUCUAAAAGUGUCUGAAUUCACUGACCUUCCCACUGUCCAGCAGCAGCUUCAGUCCUCCUUGGAGACUGCAGUUAUCGACGUCAGCCCAGAAUCACCCACAGUACUUGUUGACACUGCCAAAAAGGAUAUCGUAUUCCUUCUGGAUGGUUCUGAUGGCACAAGGAAUGCCUUCCCUGCCAUGCUCGAUUUUGUUGAGAAAGUGGUGGAGAAACUGAAAGUGGGCGCAAACAAAGACCGCGUGUCUGUGGUCCAGUACAGCAGAGAUGCAGAGGCCCAUUUCCAUCUGAACACAUACACCACAAAAGAGGAUAUUGUGGAUUCAGUCAGGGGGCUGAGACACAGAGGAGGUAGACCCCUUAACACUGGGGCAGCCCUCCAGUACGCCAGGGACAAUGUCUUUACAAACUCCUCCGGGAGUAGACGGCUGCAAGGUGUCCCACAGAUGUUGAUCCUACUCAAUGGCGGAAGGUCUUUUGACAGUGUUGAUGCCCCAGCCUCUGCUCUCAAAAAGCAGGGCAUCUUUGUGAUUGGCAUUGGAGCAAGGGGCUCUGAUGUCGGGGAGCUGCAGAGGAUAUCAUAUGACCCUAGUGUUGCUCUAAAAGUGUCUGAGUUCACCGACCUCCCCAGUGUCCAAGAACAGCUCUCCUCUGUAAUGAGCACAGUGCUAGUAAGGGCCACGGCCAUGACACCGACAGUAACUGUGGAGAAAAAACCCGCUGGGAGGGAUGUUGUGUUCUUGUUGGAUGGAUCUGAUGAUACUAGAACAGGAUUCCCAGCUAUGCAAGACUUUGUGCAAAGAGUAGUAGAGACACUCAGUGUGGAUGACAACAAAGACCGAGUCUCAGUGGUUCAGUACAGCAGAGAUCCAGCUGUCCACUUCUAUCUGAACACAUACACAACAAAAGGCGAGAUCCUUGACACCGUCAGAGGCUUGAGGCACAAAGGCGGGCGACCCCUCAACACUGGAGCAGCUCUCCAGUACUUGAGAGAUAAUGUCUUUGCGACCUCUGCUGGAAGCAGGCGCCUGGAUGGAGUUCCACAGGUGCUAAUUCUGCUAAGCGGGGGAAGGUCUUAUGACAGUGUCGAUGCCCCAGCCUCUGCUCUCAAACAGCAGGGCAUCUUUGUGAUUGGCAUUGGAAGAAGGGGCUCUGAUUUUGGGGAGCUGCAGAAGAUAUCACAUGACCCUGGUGUUGCUCUAAAAGUGUCUGAAUUCACUGACCUUCCCACUGUCCAGCAGCAGCUUCAGUCCUCCUUGGAGACUGCAGUUAUCGACGUCAGCCCAGAAUCACCCACAGUACUUGUUGACACUGCCAAAAAGGAUAUCGUAUUCCUUCUGGAUGGUUCUGAUGGCACAAGGAAUGCCUUCCCUGCCAUGCUCGAUUUUGUUGAGAAAGUGGUGGAGAAACUGAAAGUGGGCGCAAACAAAGACCGCGUGUCUGUGGUCCAGUACAGCAGAGAUGCAGAGGCCCAUUUCCAUCUGAACACAUACACCACAAAAGAGGAUAUUGUGGAUUCAGUCAGGGGGCUGAGACACAGAGGAGGUAGACCCCUUAACACUGGGGCAGCCCUCCAGUACGCCAGGGACAAUGUCUUUACAAACUCCUCCGGGAGUAGACGGCUGCAAGGUGUCCCACAGAUGUUGAUCCUACUCAAUGGCGGAAGGUCUUUUGACAGUGUUGAUGCCCCAGCCUCUGCUCUCAAAAAGCAGGGCAUCUUUGUGAUUGGCAUUGGAGCAAGGGGCUCUGAUGUCGGGGAGCUGCAGAGGAUAUCAUAUGACCCUAGUGUUGCUCUAAAAGUGUCUGAGUUCACCGACCUCCCCAGUGUCCAAGAACAGCUCUCCUCUGUAAUGAGCACAGUGCUAGUAAGGGCCACGGCCAUGACACCGACAGUAACUGUGGAGAAAAAACCCGCUGGGAGGGAUGUUGUGUUCUUGUUGGAUGGAUCUGAUGAUACUAGAACAGGAUUCCCAGCUAUGCAAGACUUUGUGCAAAGAGUAGUAGAGACACUCAGUGUGGAUGACAACAAAGACCGAGUCUCAGUGGUUCAGUACAGCAGAGAUCCAGCUGUCCACUUCUAUCUGAACACAUACACAACAAAAGGCGAGAUCCUUGACACCGUCAGAGGCUUGAGGCACAAAGGCGGGCGACCCCUCAACACUGGAGCAGCUCUCCAGUACUUGAGAGAUAAUGUCUUUCGGGCCUCUGCUGGAAGCAGGCACCUGGAUGGAGUUCCACAGGUGCUAAUUCUGCUAAGCGGGGGAAGGUCUUAUGACAGUGUCGAUGCCCCAGCCUCUGCUCUCAAACAGCAGGGCAUCUUUGUGAUUGGCAUUGGAAGAAGGGGCUCUGAUUUUGGGGAGCUGCAGAAGAUAUCACAUGACCCUGGUGUUGCUCUAAAAGUGUCUGAAUUCACUGACCUUCCCACUGUCCAGCAGCAGCUUCAGUCCUCCUUGGAGACUGCAGUUAUCGACGUCAGCCCAGAAUCACCCACAGUACUUGUUGACACUGCCAAAAAGGAUAUCGUAUUCCUUCUGGAUGGUUCUGAUGGCACAAGGAAUGCCUUCCCUGCCAUGCUCGAUUUUGUUGAGAAAGUGGUGGAGAAACUGAAAGUGGGCGCAAACAAAGACCGCGUGUCUGUGGUCCAGUACAGCAGAGAUGCAGAGGCCCAUUUCCAUCUGAACACAUACACCACAAAAGAGGAUAUUGUGGAUUCAGUCAGGGGGCUGAGACACAGAGGAGGUAGACCCCUUAACACUGGGGCAGCCCUCCAGUACGCCAGGGACAAUGUCUUUACAAACUCCUCCGGGAGUAGACGGCUGCAAGGUAUCCCACAGAUGUUGAUCCUACUCAAUGGCGGAAGGUCUUUUGACAGUGUUGAUGCCCCAGCCUCUGCUCUCAAAAAGCAGGGCAUCUUUGUGAUUGGCAUUGGAGCAAGGGGGUCUGAUGUCGGGGAGCUGCAGAGGAUAUCAUAUGACCCUAGUGUUGCUCUAAAAGUGUCUGAGUUCACCGACCUCCCCAGUGUCCAAGAACAGCUCUCCUCUGUAAUGAGCACAGUGCUAGUAAGGGCCACGGCCAUGACACCGACAGUAACUGUGGAGAAAAAACCCACCGGGAGGGAUGUUGUGUUCUUGUUGGAUGGAUCUGAUGGUACUAGAACAGGAUUCCCAGCUAUGCAAGACUUUGUGCAAAGAGUAGUAGAGACACUCAGUGUGGAUGACAACAAAGACCGAGUCUCAGUGGUUCAGUACAGCAGAGAUCCAGCUGUCCACUUCUAUCUGAACACAUACACAACAAAAGGCGAGCUCCUUGACACCGUCAGAGGCUUGAGGCACAAAGGCGGGCGACCCCUCAACACUGGAGCAGCUCUCCAGUACUUGAGAGAUAAUGUCUUUGCGACCUCUGCUGGAAGCAGGCGCCUGGAUGGAGUUCCACAGGUGCUAAUUCUGCUAAGCGGGGGAAGGUCUUCUGACAGUGUCGAUGCCCCAGCCUCUGCUCUCAAACAGCAGGGCAUCUUUGUGAUUGGCAUUGGAAGAAGGGGCUCUGAUUUUGGGGAGCUGCAGAAGAUAUCACAUGACCCUAGUGUUGCUCUAAAAGUGUCUGAUUUCACCGACCUCCCCAGUGUCCAAGAACAGCUCUCCUCUGUAAUGAGCACAGUGCUAGUAAGGGCCACGGCCAUGACACCCUCAGUAACCGCUGAGUCACAAGGCCCCCGCAAGGAUAUUGUUUUCAUUGUUGAUGGUUCUGAUGGUGUUGGACGGGAAUUUCCUAUCAUUCAAGAAUUCAUCCGCAGGAUUGUGGAGAGUCUCAAUGUUGGCGAGAAUAAAAUCCGAAUUGGAGUGGUGCAGUAUGGUGACUAUGCUCAGGCUGACAUGUAUCUGAAUUCACAUACAACCAAAGAAGACGUUUUGAAUGCAGUAAGGGCAAUAAGGCAGCGAGGAGGAAGACAACGUAACCUGGGUCAGGCCUUGCAGUUUGCUAGUCAGGAUGUUCUUACAGCAGCACGUGGAAGCAGGAAGCAAGAAGGUGUACCACAGUUUGUGAUUAUUGUCUCCAGUGGGUCUUCUACAGAUGACAUCAGUCGUGCAGCAUCAUCCCUCAAACAAUCUCGAGUUCUUCCCUUCAGCAUUGGGACCAGGGAUGUUGACCCUAGAGAGCUGCAAGUGGUCUCGUAUGUACCUAACUUUGCUUAUACUGUAGAUGAUAUCCCUGGCCUGUCCACAGUCCAAGAAAACUUAAUCACCACACUCACUGAAAUGUCAGAUGAGGACAUUGCCAGGAUGCGUCCAGAAUUCUCAACCUAUGAAGUAAUAACACCAGCAACCACGGGAGGAGAAAGGAGGGAUGUUGUUUUUCUAAUUGAUGGCACAACGGCAGUACGUAGUGAGUUCCCUUCCAUCCGUGAAAUGAUCAGAAGAGUCGUCGAGAAGCUUGAUGUUGGACUGGACAAGGUCCGAGUUUCAGUGGUGCAGUACAGCGACGAACCUAAGUUAGAAUUUCUUCUGAAUGAAUUCUCCACCAAAGAUGAGGUACGCCAGGCUGUAACAAAACUUCGAAGCAAAGGUGGAAACCGCUUAAACACGGGUCGUGCUCUUGAGUGGGUCUCCAGAAACAUCUUCCAGAGGUCUGCAGGAAGCCGUAUUGAAGAGGGUGUUCCUCAGUUCCUCAUUCUAGUUACUGGUGGCAAGUCUACAGAUGAUGUUUACGCUCCAGCUGACCAGCUUAAGAGAAACCAGAUAGCACCUCUGGCCAUUGGGUCAAGGAAUGCAGACCCUGAUGAACUGAAACAGAUUUCCCUGAAGCCUGAACUUGUAUAUACAGUUGACAGCUUCCAGCAGCUUCCAAGAGUGGAGUCACAGCUCAUCGACUCUGUUAAAACAAUAUCCACUGCUGAUAUUGUCAGUAGCUAUGUUCCUGUUGUGGAUGAAUCCCUUAAUCUUGGAAGAAAGGACAUAAUCUUCCUCAUUGAUGGCUCAGACACUACAGGUGCUUCUGGCAUUGCUCAUAUCCGUGACUUCAUUCUCAACAUUGUCCGUCAGCUCGAUGUACAACCUGAUCAAGUGCGUGUGGCUGUUGUCCAGUACGCAGACAAAGUGAAAACAGAGUUCUCACUCAACUCACACAACAACAAGCAAUCUGUGAUCUCUGCUAUCAAAAGGCUUCGUCAGAUGGGUGGUCGAUCAUCAGACUUGGCUGAUGCCAUCAACUAUGUAAUACAGAAUGAGUUAAUACCGCCUGCUGGUGUUCGUUUGGCUGAGGCCUCCCAGCAUCUUGUGGUUCUCACAGGUGGACGUUCCCCGCAAGAUGUUUCCCUCUAUGGACCACUCCUGAAGGGCUCCAGGGUAAACUGCAUCGGCGUUGGAGCUGGUCCUGGUGCUGACACAAGGCAACUUGCCCAAAUAACCAGCACACCAGAGGAUGUUCUUCAGGUUCCUUCUUUCCCUGGUCUGCCGGGAAUUCAGGAAAGGUUUAUUGCGAGGUUGAGUGGUACUCUCCCAGAGGAAAUACCCACCAUCAUUGGUGAUCCCAGCCAGCCUUCUAAAAAGGCUGAUAUCGUGUUCUUGGUGGAUGGCUCCAUGAACGUGGGCCGAGAAAACUUCCAAGAAGUGAUGUCAUUUAUCAUCAACUUAAUUGACUUGUUCUUCACUGAAAGAGACAAACUGCAGUUUGGGCUGGCACAUUACACCACAGACGUGACAGAUGUGUUCUACCUCAAUGACUACAAGAACAAGGAUGACAUUAUAAGUGCCAUUGGACGAGCAGAGUAUAAAGGCGGACGCACAAUCAACACCGGUGCAGCCAUUCGCCAUGUUCAAAAUGUUCACUUUACCAAAGAUAAAGGCAGUCGGGUGGAUGAAGGCACUCCUCAGAUUCUGAUGCUUAUUACUGGAGGAGACUCAGCUGAUGACAGUAAAACAGCAGCCCUUGGUCUAAAGAAAAAGGGUGUGAGAGUCUUUGCUGUAGGAGUAGGCGCUACUGAGAAUGAGCUAGAAAACAUCGCAAGUGAGUCUUCCACUGUGGCUAGAGCCAGCAAAUUCACCGAACUUUCAGAGCUUAAUGAGCAAAUAUUGGAGACACUGGAUGAUGAAGUGAAAGGGAAAGGGCUGUGUGUCGGUGUGCAAGACAUUGCUACAACCUGCAGUGUGGAGGUGUUAGUGGGCUUUGAUGUGAAUGCCCAGAACAUCUUCAGUGCUCAGACCAACCUCCAGAGCAAGAUGGGUGCCAUUCUACAGAGGAUUUCCAAAAUGGCAGCAAUCAGUUGCUCAUCUGGGCAGAUUCCCUCCGUGCAAGUGGGCAUGCUGGCCAUGGACUCUGGCUCUGAGCCUGUCCAGCUCGACUUCACGACCAAUGCUGAUGAGCUCUUUGAGGCCUUUAGAGCACUACGCAGUCGUGGUCCCUUUGUCCUCAAUGGAAAGACCAUCUCAGCUUACACAAAUAGAUUCAAAACCAGACAGGACAAUGCUGUCAAGGUUGUUAUUCAUUUGACCGACGGUCUUGAUGCACCAUAUGCUGAAAUGAAAAGAAGAGUAGAUGAGCUUCGGCAGUCAGGAGUGACCGGUUUCAUUCUGGUUGGACUGGAGCGGGUUCCUAAAUUUGAGGAAGCUUUGAUGUUGGAAUAUGGCCGUGGCUUCAGAUACACCAGACCCUUGCGAGUCAAUAUCAUGGACUUGGACUAUGAGCUUGUGGAAGAGCUAGACAAUAUUGCAGAAAGACAUUGCUGUGGAGUUCCUUGCAAAUGUACUGGCACCAGAGGAGACAGAGGAGCAGUUGGACUUCCAGGGUCUAAGGGAAGCCCAGGAUCACCGGGAAGCCAAGGACAUCCUGGAGAUGAAGGUGGACCAGGAGAGAGAGGUCCCCCUGGUGUCAAUGGAACGCAGGGUUACAAGGGAUGUCCUGGACAGAGAGGUGUCAAGGGUUCUCGUGGAUACUCAGGAGAAAAGGGUGAAUUUGGAGAAAUUGGACUUGAUGGCAUCAAUGGUGAGGAGGGCAAAAGUGGAGUUGCUGGACCACCAGGAGAGAGAGGAAACCCUGGCAGAAGAGGUCCCAAAGGUGCUAAGGGACAAGCAGGAGACAAAGGGGAAUUGGGAAUUAGAGGAGACCCUGGUACAAGUGGAAAAGACAACAACCAAGCAGGACCUAAAGGAGACCCUGGUGAUGCUGGACCAGCGGGAGAACCCGGUGAAGAUGGAAAGAGGGGAGGACCUGGUGAAGCCGGAAGAAGGGGAGCUGAUGGCAGAAGAGGGGCACCUGGACAGCCUGGAAGUGCAGGAAAGCCAGGAGCUGAUGGUGUGCAGGGAGAACCUGGCAUUGGAGGAUCUAGAGGUCCAUCUGGUCCAAAUGGUGCUCCAGGACCCAGAGGAGAAGACGGAAAUCCUGGACCCAGGGGUCCUGGAGGUCAACCAGGUCCUGUUGGAGAAAAGGGCCGAAGGGGAGCUCUUGGUCGUAAGGGAGAGCCAGGAGAUCCAGGAAUUAAGGGUGCCAUUGGACCUCUUGGACCUCGUGGAGAGCCUGGUGAAGAUGGUAGAGAUGGUUUGGGUGUUGAAGGGCCCAAUGGAAGAAAGGGUGACAUAGGCUUCCCUGGAUUCCCAGGACCCAAGGGAGCAGCUGGUGACUCUGGCAACAAAGGUGGACCUGGACCCAGAGGGAAUCGUGGACAGAGAGGUGUGUCUGGAAACAUUGGUUCACUUGGACAGAAAGGAGAGAUUGGAUAUCCUGGUCCAUAUGGUCAGAAAGGGCCAAGAGGACCAGGUGUUGUGCAAUGUGACCUUGUGAAGAAGAUAAGAGACAACUGUCCUUGCUGUUAUGGUAAUCAAGAAUGCCCAUUGUUCCCCACUGAGCUGGCCUUUGCCUUGGACGCUUCUCAAAACGUUGACCGUCGAGUUUUCAACAACAUGCGUGACACGGUGCUGCGCCUGAUCAGAAACAUCACCAUCUCUGAGAGCAACUGCCCAAGAGGCGCCCGUGUUGCUUUGACCCUGUACAACAAUGAAGUUGCCACCGAGGUUCGCUUUGCUGAUGCAAUGAAGAAACGUGCUCUCCUGCAGCGCAUCGAGGGACUGCAGACGCUGCAGACAAGUAAAGAGCGGAACUUACCUACAUCCAUGAGCUUUGUGGCCCAGAACACCUUCAAAAGGGUGCGUAGUGGCUUCCUGAUCAGGAAAGUGGCCAUCUUCUUUGUUGGUGGGUCACUCGGUCAGGCACAAGGAAUCACUAAUGCAGCUCUCCGCCUCCACGAUGCCGGAAUCGCCACUCUGUUCUUGGUCAGUCGUGAGGAGAGAGCACUCAGCAGAGCACUGCAGGUCAAUAACACAGCACUGGCCCAGGUAAUUGUCCUUCCCAGCCCUGGAAGUGCACAAUAUAACUCAGUCAUCCAAAAGGUUUUGAACUGCCAUGUCUGCUUUGACAUCUGCGGUCCCGACCAAAUGUGCGACUAUUUGCCCCCACUGAUCAGUCGAGAUCGAAGGUCUUCCAUCACAGAUGGGGAUAUUGACAUGGCUUUCAUCUUGGACAGCUCUGAGUCCACCUAUCCAACUGUCUUUACUGAGAUUAAACGCUACAUAGCACAGAUAGUAGAACAGGUGGAGGUGUCUUCAGAACCCACAGCAUCGCUUCACCAGGCCCGGGUGUCUGUGAUCCAGCAGGCACCUUACGAGUUUGUCUACAACAAAACUGGCUCUCCCAUCCAUGUGGAUAUCGGCUUGACUGAGCACAACUCAGCUCAGGAUAUUGCCCGAUUUCUGCUGGACAAAACACCACAGUUAGAGGGUGGCCGGGCACUGGCAGCAGCUAUCGAAUCAACAGUGGAGCUAGUGUUUGACAAGGCACCUCUUCAGCGUAACAGGAAGAUGCUGAUGCUUUUUGUGACAGGACAUGUGGAGGAAGACGAGGAGCAGCUGGUGCGCAUCGCCACUGAGGUCAAGUGCAGAGGCUUCUUCCUGGUCAUCAUGGGUGUGGGAGAGAAGCUGAGUGCUGGAGAUUCUCGUGUCUUGUCGCGCAUGGCCAGUGAGCCCUCAGACGUCUUCUUUAAACGUCUGGACAGCAUCUCACAAUUUUAUGACAAACACAUCCAGACUUUCAGCCAGCUGAUGCCAAAGUAUAUCACCAUUGAGAAUGCUUUCUACAUGUCACCUGAUGUCUCCAAAAACUGCAAGUGGUUCCAGAGUGACCAGCCUCUGAAAAACCCCUUUACUUCCCCACAUCAACAGGAGAAACCACAUGAGAAUCACCAAGCAGUCCAUCAUGAGAAUCACCAAGCAGUCCACCCAAGGAAACACAAAGAAGCAGAUGAGCUACACGUCUCAAACGUCACCUCCAGCAGCUUGAAACUGCGCUGGAGCAGCCCAGAUCCUAAACUCUUUGUCUACUUCGAGGUAGUGGUGACACAGUUAUCCGACCAUAGCCUGGUGCUGAAGACCAACGUCUCUGGCACUGAGCUUUCAGUGGACAACCUACAAAGUGCUCAGACGUAUCAUGCUGUGGUCUCUGCCCACACUGCAGAGGGUCAAGUCGUCUCCACCCGCAAAGGCAUUGUCACUACCAAAACAGCAGAGCACAGGCCAGCCAGUACCGUAAUUACCACACCACUGAGCAAACCUGAAAUUGUUAAUGAGUUUGCAGACCCAUGCUCACUUGACUAUGACGCUGGAAUGCCGUGCAAAGAGUAUCAGGCUAAGUGGUUCUUUGACAGAAAGAACGGGAUCUGUGCUCAGUUCUGGUAUGGAGGUUGUGCCGGCAAUGAGAAUAGGUUCGACACUGAGACACUCUGCUUGAAAAACUGCAUGGGGUCAGUCUCAGAGCCUCAGCCAAACGUGCAGCAGAGUGAACAGGUGGAGAUCCUGCCGGUUCCUGCAGCUUCUACAGCUGUCGACAUUUGCCAGCUUCCCAAAGAGGAAGGUACAUGUGCCAAAUUUGUCCUCAAGUGGCACUAUGAUGCUCCAAGCAAGAGCUGUGCACGUUUCUGGUACGGAGGCUGUGGUGGAAACCAGAAUCGCUUCAACACAUAUGAGGAGUGUGUCAAGGCUUGUGGAAAACCAGCACCCAUCAAACAAGGAGUCAUUGCUGCAAUAAGAACAUAGGACCAAAGUGACAAACAUGGCCAGCUUUUACCUCUGUUUAGGGGAUUCUGAGAAGAACCGUCCAACAUGGCCAUACUUUAAGGAUGUAAAAACCAAAGCAAUGGUGGCUGCACUGGAUCCACAAAAAUGGACUUAAUACCCACAAUUCUUGAAGUAGUCUUUUUCACAGCAAGAUGGAAGGCAACACAUUUUGGUGCAUGAUUUGUUUUUACUGGUGCUACAUAGUAUACAUAGUUUUUUUUUUUUUCCUCUACAGACGGAGUUCACUGCAAUAAGUUUUGUAAAGUCAAGUCUGGAACAUCUUAUGGGGUUUUCAUUUUUUUUUUUUUUUUAAAUGUAUAUGAAUAUCUUGGACAAAGAUUAGCAGUAAAUCCGUACAUUCAGGACUGGCAUUAUUCAUUGCAGUAAUCUUUUUUUUUAUUGUGUUUUUUGACAUUCCACAUUCACAUAGCAUCACAUUCAUUGAUUUAUAUUUUUUCAAAACUCACAUGAUUCCCACUGAAUGAUCCCUUCACUAUUUUUUUCACAAAAUUUUCACGGCAGUGUUUACAUAUGUCUUUAAUGGUGGUUUAUGUUUUUAUUUUAAAUGACAGUGACUAACUGCUCGGAUAUAAAAACAAAAAAAAUACUAAUGUAAAGUAAAAAGUGCACUUCUGGACUCAUGUUCCAGCUUUUGAGAAUGGAAUGUACUUGUCAAGCUCCUUGUAUUUUUGUUUCAUUUGAAAUGACUGAAAUUUGUGUUUCAUCUGUGUUUUGGGGAAAUAAAAAUGAAUUAGACUUUCUAAUAAACUUGAGCAACUGA